AUGACCUCUCUACCAUACCGUCGUCCCUCCCGUCAGGGCUCUCGACAGGCCACCAGUGAUCCUCGGGAGGACUUGCAGGUGCAUCUAGAUCAUUUCAUUGGGAUUGAUGUGGGAACCGGUAGUGCCCGAGCUUGUAUCAUUGACGCCAAGGGUGACAUUGUGGGCUUGGCCUCUGAGAACAUAGGCCUCUGGCAGCCGGAACAUGGCUAUUAUGAACAAUCCACUACUGACAUCUGGCGGUGCAUUUGCGCUGCAGUGCAGCGUGCCAUCAGCCAGCAUAACAUUAGCCCCGAGACGGUGCGCGGGAUUGGCUUCGAUGCUACCUGCUCCUUGUCUGUUUUCAACCAUGAAACCGAUGAGCCAGUCUCAGUGACGGGACCGGAUUUUGAUACGGACCGUAAUGUGAUCCUGUGGCUGGACCACCGUCCGGUCGAUGAGGCCGCCAAGAUCAAUGCCACCAACCACAAUCUACUCCGCUAUGUCGGUGGGAAGAUGUCCAUUGAGAUGGAGAUACCCAAAGUGUUAUGGCUGAAAAAUCACAUGCCCAGGGAGCUAUUCGACAAGUGUACAUUUUACGAUCUGGGUGAUGCCCUUACCCAUAUCGCGACUGGCAACGAGAAGCGCAGCUUCUGCAGUGUGGUUUGCAAGCAGGGAUAUGUUCCUGUCGGUGUUGAUGGCAGCGUCAAGGGCUGGCAGGAGGAUUUUCUGAAUGACAUUGGUCUUGGGGACCUGACUGAGGACAAUUUUAAGCGCAUGGGCGGUGUUGACGGGGUGAACGGUGAUUAUUUGAGCGCCGGUGAGCUUGUUGGCCAUCUGUGCGAGAAAGCCGCUGCCGAACUCGGCCUGCCGGCUGGUAUUGCAAUUGGUAGCGGCGUCAUUGAUGCUUAUGCUGGCUGGAUUGGAACCGUGGGCGCCAAGGUCAACUUAGGUUCCAACCAGUUGAAUGACGAGGUGGCCAAGAAUGAUAAGGCACAGGCUUUCUCUCGUCUGGCUGCCGUUGCGGGUACCUCAACCUGCCACUUGGCCAUGUCGCCCGACCCUAUCUUCGUAUCUGGUGUCUGGGGCCCCUACAAGGAUACAAUCAUUCCUGGAUAUUGGAUGGCUGAGGGUGGUCAGUCGGCGACAGGAGAGCUUCUCAAGCACGUCAUUGAAACUCACCCUGCCUUCAAUCAGGCUACCUCCAUCGCCGAGUCUUACCAUGCCAACAUCUACGAAUACUUGAAUGAGCACCUCAAGGAGAUGGCACAAGACCAGCAGGCACCAUGUGUGGCCUACCUGGGCCGACAUUUUUUCUUCUAUGGUGACCUCUGGGGCAACCGUUCCCCCAUCGCCGAUCCCAACAUGACCGGCUCCAUUUUCGGUCUGACCAGCGAUAAGUCUGUCGACGGUUUGGCGAUCUACUACUACUCGACAUUAGAGUUCAUCGCAUUGCAGACCAAGCAGAUUGUGGAAACCAUGAAUGACGCAGGCCACAAUAUCACCUCGAUCUUCAUGUCAGGCUCACAAUGCCAGAACGAUAUUCUGGUUGCCCUCAUAGCCUCGGCUUGUAACAUGCCAGUUGUGAUCCCCCGGUACAUCCACGCGGCGGUGUGCCACGGCGCAGCUAUGCUAGGAGCCAAGGCUGCUAGCGCCGAUUCUCAUGGCAAGACUGAGGACCUUUGGGAUAUCAUGGACCGCAUGAGCAAGCCUGGUAAGAAGGUAAUGCCGACUGAGGAUGCAAAGGAGGUGGCUCUGCUGCAGGCCAAGUACAAGGUCUUUUUGGAACAGUGCUACAAGCAGCAGAACUACCGCCAAAUGGUUGAUAAGGCCAUAAAAGGGUGGCGCGUAGCUUAG